AUGUGGUUACCAAAAGCAAAUGCUACAAAGAAAGAAACAGGAAGUGGUUCUGUAGCAGUUGCAAUAGACAAAGACAAAGGAAGCCAACAUGCUCUUAAAUGGACAAUCGAUAAUCUUGCUUCUCGUGGCCAAACCAUUUCUCUUAUUCAUGUUGUCUCCAAAUCCUAUUCUUCUUCAGAUACUGAAGAACAUACACCAAACCAGAAGCAGCAAUCAGAGAAGUCAGCGAAAGAUCUCUUCGUAUCAUUCCAUUGUUAUUGUUCACGUAAAGAGAUAAAUUGUAGAGACAUAUUACUCGAAGACGUAGACAAAGUCAGAGCCAUUGUUGAAUAUGUUUCAACUUCUGCAAUUGAGAAUUUAGUCGUUGGAGCUGCAUCACGUAAUGGCUUCAUGAGAAGAUUCAAGACGGAUUUGCCAACAACUUUGUCAAAAUCAGCUCCAGAUUUCUGCAAUGUUUAUGUCAUUUCCAAAGGCAAGAUUGCUUCAGUACGAAAUGCAUCUCGUCCUGCUCCUUACCAUAGUUCAAUGCAGGAUUCUGAAUUUGACAAUAAUCAAAAUCCAACCACUCCGGAGAAAGUAGCAAAACAUGAUCAUACCAACUCUGCAGGUAAUACACCGUCUAGACCGCGUAAAUCGGUUGAACAUGAUGCUACAAGAUCGCCGUUAAUGAGAAGACAGAUGAAGCCAUAUGGAGAUUUAUAUGAUUCAGACAGUGACCUAUCAUUCAUAAGUCCUUCUUCUCAUAGAGACUCUGACAUUUCAUUCAUAAGCUCAGGGAGACCGAGCGUUGAUCGGUCUUCUUUCACCAUUGAUUUUCCUGAAUCCGGAAGGAGUUCAAGGAUCUCAACUAGCUCAGAGCAAAGCAUUGGUUCACAUCGUUUGGGAAUUAAGUUCAGUGAUCCUGGUUUCCCUAACGAAUCAUCCACAUUCUCUGAAGAAAGCGGUAGAACAUCUUCGUAUUCAUCUCAAAGCCUGGAUGAUGUUGAAGCUGAAAUGAAGAGGCUGCGUCUAGAGCUUAAACAAACCAUGGAUAUGUAUAGUACAGCUUGCAAAGAAGCUUUAAGUGCUAGACAACAGGCAACAGAGUUGCAAAAGCUGAGAACAGAAGAGGAAAGAAGGUUGGAAGAAGCAAAGAGUUCAGAGGAAGCAGCAAUGUCAAUAGUUGAAAAGGAGAGAGCUAAAGCCAAAGCAGCCAUGGAAGCUGCAGAAGCUGCAAAGAGAUUAGCAGAAGUGGAAGCUAAGAGAAGAUUAACAGCAGAGAUGAAAGCAUUAAAGGAAUCAGAUUCAUUCUCUCGCGGAUUUGUUCGGUAUAGGAAAUACACGGUUGAAGAAAUCGAAGAAGCUACUUCGAAUUUCUCAGAGUCUCAAAAAGUAGGAGAAGGAGGAUAUGGUCCUGUCUUUAGAGGCUUUCUUGAUCACACAAGUGUUGCUGUUAAAGUUCUACGACCCGAUGCAGCUCAAGGAAGAUCACAGUUUCAAAAAGAGGUUGAAGUGUUAAGCUGCAUAAGACAUCCAAACAUGGUGCUUCUUCUUGGAGCUUGUCCUGAAUUUGGGAUUCUUGUAUACGAAUACAUGGCUAAAGGAAGCUUAGAAGACCGUCUUUUCAGGCGAGGAAACACACCGCCGAUUACUUGGCAGCUACGUUUCAGAAUCGCGGCUGAAAUCGCUACAGGACUUCUCUUCCUCCACCAGUCAAAACCUGAACCAAUUGUCCACAGAGACCUUAAACCUGGAAACGUUCUCCUCGAUCACAACUACGUAAGCAAGAUCAGCGAUGUCGGGUUAGCGAGAUUAGUCCCUGCAGUAGCAGAGAAUGUAACACAGUAUAGAGUCACUUCAGCUGCAGGAACGUUCUGUUACAUUGAUCCUGAGUACCAACAAACAGGAAUGUUAGGUGUGAAAUCCGAUGUUUAUUCGCUCGGGAUCAUGCUUUUGCAGAUCUUGACCGCGAAACAACCGAUGGGUUUGGCUUAUUAUGUUGAACAAGCCCUUGAAGAAGGGACUCUUAAAGAUAUGCUUGAUCCAGCAGUACCUGAUUGGCCAAUGGAAGAAGCUACCGCUUUAGCGAAGCUUUCGCUACAAUGCGCGGAGUUAAGAAGAAAAGAUCGACCGGAUCUUGAUAAAGAGAUAUUACCUGAACUUAAUAGGUUAAGAGAGAUUGGUGAAGAGAGUUUAGAGAGUGUGUUUUAUGCAGGAAAGUCUCCAAACACUAGCCAAGUCUACAUUUUAUCAACUAGUGAUCCUUUUAUAUCGAGUUCGAAAUCUCCAUCUGCAGAAUCUCAGUCCUAG